UUUUUUUUUUCAUUUUUUUUUUAUUCUUUUGAUAAUUCAAAUGAUGUCGGAUUCACAAAUCCCAUUAUCGAUGUCGAUUCCAUCCCAACCACCAUCUUCUAUGCCGAUACUAACAUCAUUACCUAUUCCACCGUUAAUUUCUAUGCCGACGCCAUCAAUACCAAAUACAGACGUGAAAGAUAUUGCUAGAUUUAUUUAUUUAAAUUUAUAUUCAAAUAAAAAAGAGAAUCAAAAGAAGGCUAUUAAAACUUUUUAUGAUGUUAAUGCUGUUUUUGAGGAUCCAAUUUUAAUUGUUGAAUCACAUGAUAAAAUAAUCAAUCAAUUUCUCUUACUAUCUAGCUUACUUUCAAUAAUACCAGACAUACAAUCAAUCACUGAUAGUGAAAUAGCAGGAAAUCAUCAUUUAGUUUGUAUUGAUUCCAUAAUUAAAUUUCAAUCUCCCCUUCUUUUUCCUUGUUUACGUCUUCCUUGUUUACGUUUGAUAUUUGGUAAGAAUAACAAAUUUAGUGAAAUUACUAUGCGUAUAUUAACAAGAUUAGAAUUUAACGAGCAACAAAAGAUUGUCAGACACGAAGAUAUUUGGAGUUUAAAGGAUUUAGUAGAAUCAUUACCAAUCGUUGGAUUUUUGUAUGCAGAUGUUGCAAGGAAAUUCAAUGCUAUGGUUACCGGGUGUGCAGUUAUUGCUGCUAAAGAGGUAGCACACGCUUUGGAAGAAUGGAACAUUUGAAUUUUUUUUUGUGACACAUAUCAUUUAUAAUUAAAAUUCGAUUUUUUAUUAUAUUUUAAUUUA